AUGUCGACUCCGAGCGACAAGACAUCUAAACCAUCAUCCAAAAGCCACGACCCCCCUCCUCAUCUCUCUCCAGCCAUGUCGACCGACUUAACGGGUCAUCCUACCCUCAAGAUUACCUCAAUCGAAAAGUUGAAGCCUCCAGGCCCAGACUCCAAUUAUCUUGACUGGAGCUGGGUCCUGGACAUCCAUUUCGACUCGACCGGGGUCUCCUACAUCCUCGAUCCCAAGGAGGCCAAUCCCGAGGCGAAGCCCACCUUCGCUCGAGACAACAAAGCGAUUUGCAGUGUGAUCUCCCAAACGAUCAACUCGGCGAACAUCCGUGUCGUCCGACAAUUCAAUAAGGACACACGAAAAAUGUGGAAUGGCCUCCGAGCGGCUCAUCAAGAUUCGUCGUCGGGUGGGGUCAUGUACUGGCUUCGCAAGCUGACCAUGUUUCGUAUGGAGAACGACGACAUUGAAACUCAUCUUGAGGAGAUGGCGAAGGUUUUUGAACGCCUGGAGGCUCUCGCGGAUCCGGCUCGCCCACUUACGGUUGACGAUUUCUACUCGUCCUCAAUCAUCACCUCGCUCUCCGCGGAAUGGAUGCCAUGUGUGUCAUCCCUCCUCAAUGAACCGCACGUCCCCUCACACAAGGUCGUGGCCGCUCUCAAACAGGAGGGUUUGCGACGCAAGGCCCGCAUUGAGGAUCUCCAAGCCCCCGAAUCUGUGUCCAAGACCACCACUUCCUUGUCAAACCGACAGCGCCGUACGGCUCGUCACUGCACCUACUGCGGAAAUGAUGGCCAUGAUCUGAACUACUGCCACAAGCUCGCUCGAUUCAUUGAGGAUCGCAACUCUACGGGCAAGGAAAGGGUGCCAGCUCCCUCCGGAAGUCUCAUCGCCAAUCCGCCCUCCUCUCGAGGUCGUUAUAACAAGACCCACCAAGCUUAG